AAGAGAUUUUAAUAGAGUAUGAUUAUUAUAUUAAUGUGUCAUUUUUGGCAUUUUUAAGUUUUCUUCAACAGCGCAUAUACCUUUAGACGUGGUUAAUCACCCCUGAUCUAGAUCUUUUGAGAUAAAAAGUUACAUGGUUUUUUUUAUCUUCGAUACUUUAUUAUUAAGUAGAAAGGCCUCUUGGUUGUUUUGACCUGAAUUUUCCAGACAACGCAAUGUCCAAAAUGAGGACGUAAAAUGAUUAAAGAUGUUUUCAAACACUAUUUCAGAAAUGUCUAAAAGAUGUUUUAAUGAUGUCCUUAUGAUGUUUUAAUGAUGUCUCAAGUCGUUUUAUGUUCCGAUUUUGAACAUACGUACGGUCUAGAUUUGUUUUUCAUCGAAAGAACACUUACGUCUUUAGUUCGCGAAGCUAAGCCAUGCGAAUAGCGGAACAGCUUCGCGUUCAGCUCAGUCAUAGCCAAGAAAUUAGUGCAUUCUACAAUACGACAUACAAUAUGAUUUACAAGGUAGAAAUUAAAAAUACUAUGCUACGUUGUAUAAAAAAAUAAAUUCACCCUGAAUUUUCUCCAAUGACAACUAAAAAGAAAUCGAUAUUUUUCGCAAAAGAAACGAUUAGAUAAUUUUAUCUUCUUUUGAAAAAUGGAUUAUCCCAAUCUUCAAAGAGAUACGGUCCUGGUUGGGCUGCUGUGGUGGUUCAGGUAGGUAGGUGAACGUAGGACAGCUAAACGGGUGACGUCAUUGACUUCUUGGGUCUAUCGAAAGGUGGGAUGGAGCGAGAAAGGGGAUACUGUAUGGCCCCUUAGAAAGAAGAAGAAAACGAAGAGAACGAGAGGAGAGGGUGGGGGAUAUUCGCCAGCACACCGUGAGUCGCUGGCUUCAGGUACGGGUGCACGACGCCGCGUGCAGGUAGUUCCGUGCUCCUUCUCCUUUCUCCGUGCGAACGUGCUGUUUAAACUGUGAAACUGCUGAAGCUGUGCGAAGGAAAACGUUUUCAGUCUUGUGUGUGUUUCUUGAUGCUUCAAAACUGGAGUUUAAAGUGUUCGCAAGGAAAAAAUAUGCGGGAUUGUCUACUUCCGUGAUGGUGUUGUAAUAUUCUUUUACAGGAAGAUCAAUAAGUGUUGUAUGUGUGGUUAGGCAAUAAUGGUGGAUAGCCUGUGUUAGAAUCUUGGACAUCGAGAUACGAAGAUAUGGAACAGCGAUAGUUGCGAAAGGAAGUUGUUCCGCGUCUUUUUGAGAAGCUAACGCGGCAGAAGGAGAGGAGCACGUGGUACAUGGAGGUGGAACAAAGUGGUCCACGCCAACAUUCGACUCAAAUAUUAACAUCCAAUGGAGCAACUUCGUCAUCAUUUCGAGAAAAUGUAAAUUUAUGCAAAAUUAUUCUGCACUUGGUCUAAAAAAUAUGCAGUCUAAAGAAAUUCUCAUAUAAUAUUCACAAAUUAUUCAUUUUGAAGAUCUACCAAGAAGACUUUUUACCGCACGUUCUUUUAUAUCCUUGCAGCUAAUCUUCUCAAGCGAUUGUUGUUGCGAAUUGGGAUAAGUUUUUAAAGAAUAUUCUUCAGGAUCCACCGAAGACUCGCUACUCGGAGUCGAGAUGAUAUUGGAACCGCGAGUUUAUCACAAUAACGCGAAGUUUGCGAAUGGAAAGGAUAACUUCGUCAAUUAAACGAGUUUACGUUUUUAAUCGAUCCUACGAUUCAUCUGGCAACGGGUUCUGCCGGCAUAUCCGGUAUAUGCAAUUGCUGGAUACGAUUCUUCCUUCGUUCUUUAUGAAGAAACAUCUGCCUCUCUGAUUCUCGCCUGCUGCUUGCUCAUCGUCAACCUUCGCAUCUCCUUUUUUUUAUAUUCUUAAACAUUCUCUUAUCUGAUGCAUCGUGAUUGCAGCGUUAUUUAAAGUUAUAUCAUAAAGUAACGUUUGCAGCAUUUAUCGCAUUGCGAUAUCAUACAGCAAUCUCGAAAAUGAAAGAGCAAGAACAUUUUGAAGAUACGAGAAGGAUCGUAAAAAACGGUCGACACUAAUUUUUAUCUUUAAUGAAACUCAGCACGAGGGCUCAAACGGAAGAGAUAGCGGUAUACGUUAUCGCCUAAAAAGCAAGAAGAUCGACAAAGGGAAAAUAUAGCGUUAAGUUACAGGGCAAAUAUACCAAAUGAUAUUAUCAAGCGAGCAAGUAAAGUGUCGCGUGUAGACAUUGCAAACAACGCUGUCGCACUGAGAAUCCGUCAUGAGGAGUUUUUUACCCAGUUCGCAUUUGUCUUUAUUCGGCUUGGAAGAUAUACCAUUUUGCACUUGCGAUAUUUUUUAUUUCCAUUUCGGAGCGCAUCGACGUUCGAAGGAAUUAAUAAAUCCAUUAUGCAGUACAAAUUUGAAAGUAUGAAGAUGAAUCAUAGUGUGCAAUAAAAACAAUGAAAUUUACAUAAUUGACUUGAGUGUACGGAAGAUGUAAAAAUGUUAAAGUGGAUAAAGGUUCGUCAGAAUGGGUCGGCGACGAUAUCCGUGCCAACGACAUCCCCGCCGUCACCCAAGUCUCAUCAGGAAAUUAAGAGCGAUGAGACAAGAGUUAAGAUGGAAGAUAAAAUCAAAGAAGAAGGAGAAGACAGUGGUAUGGAGAAAGAAGACUCCGUCUGCAAUAUCGAGCUGAACGAUUUGAAAAAAGACCUGUUCUCGCAGCUGCAGUUUUCGCAAGAGAGUGCUCUGCCGCCCGACACAUUACGCCGUGCGUUGGCCGAGAGCUUUCUCGAUCAGCAGAGGUUUCAGCUUGGUUUUAUGGACGACGCGGCAGAAUGUUUCGAAAACAUUCUCUUACGUAUACAUCUUCACAUCGCAAGUGGCGAGGCUGAAGAUAUGUGCAGCGCAAGGCAUUGUGUGCCGCAUCAGAAAUUUGCCAUGACGCUUGUCGAGCAAAGCGUUUGUGGGGCUUGCGGUGCAACGUCGGAGCCAUUGCCUUUUACUCAGAUGGUUCAUUACGUGUCUGCCUCAGCCUUGACAUCUCAAGCUCAUCAAACGCCAUUAAAUUCUAGAAAUAAUCCGGAUCUCUUCGGACAACUUCUCCGAAGAGCUGGCGGAAUGGGUGACAUCCGUGACUGUCCGAGUUCUUGCGGUGCGAAAAUUCAAAUAUGUCGAACCUUGAUGAAUCGGCCGGAAAUAGUUUCCGUUGGCGUCGUCUGGGAUAGCGAACGACCAUCAUUGGAGCAUAUCAUGGAUGUUUUUGCGACCGUGGGCACGUCCCUUCGGCUUAGUGACGUCUUCCACAGCGUGAUAGAUUCUCGAUGGGGUGCCAAUACCGUGCAUAAUCUUGUAGGAGUGGUUACCUAUUACGGAAAACAUUAUUCUACGUUCUUCUUCCACACGAAGUUGAAGGUGUGGAUCUACUUCGACGAUGCCACUGUCAAGGAAAUUGGACCGCGGUGGGAUCAAGUCGUGGAAAAGUGUAGAAGAGGUCGUUAUCAGCCUUUGCUACUCCUAUACGCGACGCCUGCCGGUACACCUGUUAAUACUGAGAACGCUCCAAAGACUAUUAUUCCUUUUCCGAAUAACAAUGGCCUAAAGACACCCCCAAAGAACAGCGUGCGCCGUUCAAUUACGCCUAGUCCUGAAAAGCCAUCCAUCAAUAGCACUGCCAGACGUGCCAUCACACCUAAUCCUGACAGUCCACCGCACCACUACACUCAACGAAGCGUUUAUAGUGAUUACCAGAAUCUCACCGACAUCCAAAAUAAUAUAUUUGGCAAUCAGGGCGUAGACGCAGUUGAUGGUGACAUAGAAUCGAAGUAUAUUAGCCGUCGCGCUGUGGAAAAUGUAAUGCAACAACAGAAAAAACAGCAGAUGCAGUUGACACGUAGCUUAAGCGUCGGAUCGGCGCCUCAAGAUGGUAUCAGUAUCCCUGACCAUAUGAAUGUGCCUCGAAGACGGGAUUCUGGUAACUGGUCCGGUGAUCGAAACAGCGCGUCGUCGAGUUCGUCGACUACGAUGGACAAUACGUACUUGUAUAUUGUUAAUAAAAUGCAAAGAAACUCGGGUGUACCUAAAAGCCCUAUCAGCAAAUCUGGGGAACUCUCGAGCAGCAGCAGCGGUCAUUACGACGCUGGUUACGAUUCCUAUUCUUUGUCCUCCACCGAUAGUCUUCCACUUCAGCAAGGUUUAAAACACAAUUUGCAGCUUGCUCAAAUACCUGAAGGUUAUCAACCUUCUUCCGGCGAUGAUUGCGAACGGUUAUGCAAAGAAACGGAUGCUUUGCUGGAUAAAUCUCGUGCCGCCGAAGAUGCUGGCGAUCUUAACACGGCCGUUGCAUUGUGCAAUGCCGCCAGCAAUAAAGCUAGAGCAGCGAUGGACGCUCCGUACAAUAAUCCUCACACAAUCACGAUAGCAAGAAUGAAACACAAUACUUGCGUCAUGAGAACAAGGAGUUUGCAUAGGCGAAUGCUGCAAGAACAAGUUGCCGUUAACGGUGACAAAGAAGAUGGAGCACUCGAAGGAAGACACUCGCGAGAGAAUAGUAAAUCGAGCCAACACUCGAGACAAAGUUCGCGAGAUAAAGGUAAUCAUUCCCGACAAAAUAGUCGGGAGCUUCUCGUAAAUGCACCAACAACAGUGGUAGAUAAACCUAGCACGAAGAGUAUCGAGAUUUACGCUACUUUACCGAAGAAGAAGACUUUACGUAGCAAAGCGACAGCGGUGAACGUCAUUGAGGAUGAGGAAUACAUGUUAUAUGAUCGUCCAACACAAAGGACAGGCUUGUUUAGCCGUACGAAACGUUGUGAAGACGAUAAGAAAGAUAAGAAACGCGCGAGAAGUGAGGAGAGGAACAAGAACGUAUCAAAGGAUUUUUCGGUAGCACCAUCCAGAUUAUCACCAUCCCCAAAAGGAGUAAAGAUUGAGAAGCCGAAGGAAGUCGAGACUAACGCAACUGUCGUCAGAAAUACACAGCUAAACAAUGCAGCUGCGAUUGAACAGAAGCAAGGUAAGAAGCAACACAAGAUACGCAGAAAAUUGCUUAUGGGUGGAUUGAUCAAAAGGAAGAAUAGAAGUAUGCCAGAUUUACGAGAAGGGCAGGAUGGCCAGACGAAUGUGAAUGUGGAAGGAUCAUCCGUCUUACCGAAACAGUCAGUAGACGACUCGAGCGUUGGUCUAAAAGGUAGUGACGUAAGUCAAUCACUGAGCGGUUAUUUGUCAGAGGGACACUUGGAAUUUGCUGGAAACAACGGACCUGGAAAUACUAGUAAUCCAAAUCUCGAGAGAAGUCGUUUGAUGAGGAAGAGCUUCCACGGCAGCGCCGGUAAAGUAUUACACGUGGCGAAAGUGCCUCCGCCCCCUCCGCUCAGAACCACUUCUCAACUUAGCAAGUCUAAGUGUUCGGGCGAAGUGCACAAUGAGCAGCAAUCCGACAAAGCUGCAUAUCCUUUGCCGGACAAUCGGUGCGUGCCUAACUUGUCGCAGGAUCAAAACAAUGCUUAUUGGAAUCAUAUGAAUUCGAGCAAUUCACCUAAUGUAACAAACAGGACUUCGGAUUAUGUUGAUUAUUCGCACUCGGAAUCGCAUUCGCUUCCAUUUUUGCCGUCUUAUAAUGAACAGAAUACUAAUAUUUCUGGAGCGUGUCAAACGAACUAUAAUAAUAAGCCUAGGAUUCAGGAUGACGUCGUACAAUAUGCUAAUGGCAUACUGUAUGAGCCGACCUUCGUUGUCACUCGCGCGGACGUGCACAAUGAGCAGAGUCCUCCCAAACAACAAUUUCAACCGGAUUCUUUACCACCUUAUCCCGAGAACGGCAACAUUUCUCAUUCGCGACAACCAAGCGAGGACUUUCCACCACCACCGUAUCCGUCAAUCCAUUCGGUGUCGCAUUCGAGACAAACCAGUGAGGAUUUCCCUCCACCGCCAUCACCAAUCGAUGAGCCGAUUCAACUUCAAGAGACUCAACAGAUUCAAGUUUCCGUUCAACCGCAGCAACGCGCGCAGCAAUUAGAAGUGCAGCAGAUUGGCAGUCUGUUAACGCAGUUGCAAAACAAAAGAGAGCAGAUUUUAACCGACGAUUUAAAUAAAGAGAAGCGAACACAGGAGUACGAGGAUGAAGAAAAGUCUUCGAGUGAAACGUGGUUGAGGGAAUUACAAGCUAAACAAGCAGAAAGAAAAAUGAAGAGACAAGGACCUUUAAAUCAAGAUAUUCCAAAAGUUAAUCCUUCGAGACCGACGAUUCCAGGACCGACUAUCGCUAGGAGAACCAGCGAUUUAAUGAUGAAUAAUCUCGGACAGAGUUACGACCAAGGUCGUGACGUUACGGACUGUCCGAGAGUCGCUUCUUCAGUAAAAGACAUGGCCGCUAGAUUUGAACAAAUCAAAAUGCAACCUGUUCCGAAGUCAGACGUAGAUGUAAAACCUCAAAUUAAACAGAGUGUAAAUUGCCCGAUACUAAUAUCGGACAUGCCUCAGGAAACAUCAUCGAUGGAGUGUUCGAAAUCGGCUAAAUUAUCUAUUGAGAAUACUGCAGUCUUCACGAAGACAGAAACUUCAAAUUCUCAAACCGUUUUAAACUCUAGUUUUGACUCGAGUUCCAGCCAAAAUAGUUUUAUCUCCAUGGUGCCGUCAAACGAAUCUGUUCAACAGAGCGAAUUAAAUGCGGCGAUGUUAUCCAUGUCCUUGACACUCCCGCAUGAGAAUGGUUUGCCUAUUGAUUGUCCGGAAGACGACAUCAGCGAAGUGGCGAUGCAGAACACUAUACAAAACACAACAAUACUGCCAAGCGAGGAGGAUAUUGCGCCACGCAAGGUGAAACGGCGAAUUGGGAAAAAGAAAAGCGUAUCAUUUUGCGAUCAAGUGGUACUCGUUGCAACAGCGGAGGAUGACGAAAAGGAUUCGUAUAUACCCAAUCCUAUUUUGGAGAGAGUCUUGCGCUCUGCGAUGAAUAAACCAGAAACUGCUCAAGUACUGCGAGAAAUCAGAAGUCUUCAGGAGGCAGAGACGAUUCGUGAAAGCACUGCUGCAAAAUUCCAACAACAGACCCUUCCUUUAAAGAGCGAAGCCGACAGCAUGCCAGCGACACCUUUCCAAGAUCAACUGAGGAGCGUUAAUCCGACACCAGACACCAUUAAACCACCGUUUGGACGACAGAAUUCAAACGAUUCGAUCGGAUCAUUAACGGAUAAGAAGUCUCCCGGGUCUUGCGGAAAUGAAGGCAAAGACGUAGUUGAUCGUAAAGAGACCUAUGCUGGCGUUCCCAUGAACACUUCGAAACCGACGUCUUAUUCACCGCAGCUGCAACAGCAAAUUAGAUACAGUCAGAAUGGAUACACGCAGUAUAUGCAAUCGGUAUAUCCGCAGACACAAGCGCCCCAUCCAAGAAAUCAGAUUAUUCCUUUAUCGCAAACUCAAAAGCCAGCUAGCCCUUACCCGACGCAAAUGAAUGGACAGUAUAUUCAAAAUGGAAUGCAACAGACGAAAAUAUUACCUCAGAAAAACGGCUAUGGAACAUAUUAUCAGCAACAAUUGCAUAAUCAAUUGGAGCAGCAGCAUAAUCAAAUGAACAAGCAAGUGACUGUUCAACCGCAGCAGAAUACUCUGAAUCAAAGAAUACCGUCUCACAAUGCUAGCCCGAUAACUGUUCAGCAUUCGCAGCAGCAAUUUUAUCCGCCUAAUCAAUCGCCGAGUCCAUAUCAAAGUCAAUACUCUCAAAGUUCCUAUCAGGGUCAUCCCUAUCAAACGGUUCUUCCGCAAAAUAGAGCGAGCCAACCGCAAUAUCAGCCACCACCCAACCCACUUGUGUCCUAUCAGCAACAACAGCAACAAAAUGUCCAGAACUAUCAGCAGAGACAUGACAACUACCAGCGCCAACUAUCAUCUCAGAAGAUAGAGCAACAAGGUUCUAUGAUGCCUAAUCAGACGUAUCCUAAGACUUUGCAGAAUGGUCAGAUACAACCGAAUGUCAAGUAUCCGCCUUAUCAGCAUCCACCGCUUUCCAAACAGAUGCACUUUGCGAUGUCCACCGCGAAAGUCGUUCCGAUGGUCACGCAACAACCUCCUUUGCAAACGCCAACAGGCAUUGCAACUACCGUGAGAGCACUCGUAACACCCUGUAAUCUUUGCCGAAAGAGAAAUGUGCUUGAGCCAGCUUUAUAUUGCACGGAUUGCGAUUUUUACAUGUCGCGUUUUCGGCCGACUAACAAAACUACAUGAGUUGUUCCAUGUAGUUUUGUUAAAUGUUGUCUCUUUGACGAAGAAAUAGUAUCGUACUCUUCGCGUGAUGAAUUACUUAUCGUGUCAAUAAGUACCAAUUUAUUGAUGAUGUAUUUCACGAAAGUCUGAAAUAUUUGUAUUUUCUAUAGACGCAUUGUGUUACAAUUUAAAUGAUCUGCGAUGUAUACAGUCGCAAGAACAAUACUCACUUCUUGCAUGCAAUUCAAUGAAUUUUUACAUAGCCACGUAAAGUUAAAUGUAAAAUUAAAUAUAUAGUCAAUAACUUUUAAUUGACAUUUAAUGAAGUACCGAAAUAUAAAUAUUAUUUGUAUUAUUUUGUAUAAAUAUUAAAUAACUUUUGAUUGGAGACCCUUAUUGUGCAGCUAUUAGUUAUCUUCGUGUACAACUUUAUUGAUAGAGUCUUACUUUCCAUAAUUUGUUAUUUGUAGAAAAAUUGUACUUAAUUUUAUUUUUUAGACAUAAUUCGAUGUGCUUAAUAAAUUAGGUUAUUAUUGUAACAGGCGCAGACUCUAACAUAACGUUAUCAAUCAUCCGCUAUAAAUAUAUUUGUAUUUGAUAAAAUAGGUCACCGAUGUAUUUAAAUUGCGACGUUAUUCAUAUCUAUAGUACAUAUUUUUAUUUGUACAUAGAUAAAUGUGAUCACGCUUCUCUCAUAAAAUCAGCACAACCAAUAAUUCAUUUCGUAAGUUAUAAUUGAGCGAACCACAUUUUCCGUUUCUAUGUAAUUGCAUAUUCUAUUUUAUUGUGGAAAUAAGAAGUUGAGAAUUGUGAUACUAGCCAUGCUAUACAUAGAAUUUAUCUUGUUAGGAUAGAAACUAUUACAAAUUAUGAAAGAAGAAUGAAGUAAGUGAACAGGUGAACUUGAUCUCUGAGAAUGCGUGGAGUUUAUUUUAUGUUAACAGUUUUUAAAAUUAUGUUAUGUGUAUUAGAACACAUCGCGUUACAUUGUACUACUUUACUUACUUUUAAACGCUAAAUCAAUGUACAAAUGUUCGAUUUUAUACUUUUUGUAUGAGUAUUUUGUUUUAAAAAUACUUUACUUCUACUGAUAUAAUAAAGUCCCCUUGCGAUAUUAUCUAA